AAACGGCACCAUCCUGGGUAUGGAGUGAAAGGAGUAGUACCUAUUGCACUGAAGGAUUUGCAUUAAGAAGUAAAAUAAUAGUUAGAAAGCUUAACAAUAGUGGAAAAUAUGGUUGAUCUUCCUAUAUCUACCUAUAUCACGCUACUAGUCUUUACCAUUAGUCAAUGUCAGUGUUUAUUUAUAUAUGCAUACCAGGUUAUUUUACCUGAUUCUGUUGGCUAACUCUCUAAUGCACAUUCAAACAUUUUCCCUAUUAUUUUCAAUUAUCUUUCAAGUUUUACUAGCCAGUUGAAUUCUUACACUCAUUAAGUAGGUAAUGAAUUCAUCACAUUUGCAUAUUUUGCAGGUAUUUCUUAUUUGUUUUUGAAAACAAACCAUGGAUGUAACUGAUAAGAAUGAUCAUACUGCAAAAGAUACAGCAACAAGCUUAUCUAAUGGCAAAAGUCUCCCAUGUGCCAACUUCACAGCCUUGAAAGCAAAUUCUAAUAAUGUACAAAACAGUUCCCCCUUGGAUGCUGUUUCUAAUCAUCUUGGUUUACCUGCUUCUGAAUAUGGUGAUAAAAAAGAAUGGGUGAAGCUGAAUGUUGGUGGCACUUGUUUCCUCACAACACGUACAACUCUUACCAAAGAUCCUGAAUCCUUAUUUGCCAAGCUCAUCAAUGAUGACAUUAGUGGUAUGGUCACUGAUGGCAAGGAUGAGAAUGGUGCCAUCAUGUUUGAUCGUGACCCAACUUACUUUUCUCCCAUACUGAACUUCUUGCGACAUGGCAAGAUGGUUAUUAACAAAGAUGUGGCAGAAGAAGGUGUGUUGGAGGAGGCGGAAUUCUUCAACGUAGCUGAAGCCAUUCGGCUAGUGCGAGAGCGGAUCAGAGUACGAGACAAUGAGAAGCAGCAGCGACCAGCUGGCAAGCAGCACAUGUAUCGCGUGCUUCAGUGCCAUGAGAAUGAGCUCACGCAGCUCAUCAGCACCAUGAGUGAUGGCUGGGAUUUUGAGCAGGUAAUCAACAUUGGGUCUCAGUACAGCUACGGUAGUGAAGACCAGGCAGAGUUCCUGUGUGUGGUCAGCAGGGAAUACUCCACUGCAAGCCCCUCGUCUGCUCCACCUCCUCCACCUCCGCCUCCUGCGCCGCGACUCAACCACUUGUAGCAGGAAAUACUCCAUUGCAGACCACUAGUCUGCUCCAUCACUCCACCCCUGCCUCCUGCGCCGCGACUCAACCACUUGUAGCAGGAAAUACUCCAUAGCAGGACACUAGUCUGCUCCUUCACUCCACCCCUGCCUCCUGCACCACGACUCAAGCGCAUGUAGCAGGAAAUACUCCAAAGUAGGACACUAGUCUGCUCCUUCACUCCACCUUUGCCUCCUGCGCUUUGAUUCAAGCGCAUGUAGCAGGAAAUACUCCACUGCAGACCACUAGUCUGCUCCUUCACUCCACCCCUGCCUCCUGCGCCGCGACUCGAACGCAUGUAGCAGGAAAUACUCCAUAGCAGGACACUAGUCUGCUCCUUCACUCCGCCUUUGCCUCCUGCGCUUUGAUUCAAGCGCAUGUAGCAGGAAAUACUCCCCAGCAGAACCCAAGUCUGCUAUUUUACUCUUCCUUCGGCUCCUGUGCCAUGACUCAAUCACUUGCAGCAGGAAAUACCUACUCCAUAGCAGAACACUAGUCUGCUCCUUCACUCCACCUUCACUUCAGAAUCCUACGCCGCGACUCAACCAUGUGUAUCCGGAAAUACUUCACAGCAGGUCCCCAGUUCGCACCGUUACUCCUCAUUCGGUUCCUGCGCCACGACUCAACCACUUGUAGCAGGAAAUACUCCAUAGCAGGUCUCUAGUCUGCUCCUUCUCCCCACUUUUGCUCCUGCGCCGUGACUCAACCACUAGUGGAAGGAAAUAUUUCCCUCCGUCGUUACCUAACCACGUAUAGCAGCAAUCUUAACUGUGUCUCAACUGACCUCAGAUGUAAAACUAAAACCUCAUUUGAAUAAUUCGGCUAACAAUAUCAGUCUACAGAUAGUGGUUAUAUGUCAAAGAGGGUCGUAAUUCGGAGUAUGUCACAACUAUGUUUAGAUUUUGUUUAUUUGCUGUUCAUCUCUGGUACUAGCAACUCACGAUAGAUUCACUAAUGUGCUACAACGAGCUAUUUUUGAUGCUUGAACAGCAAGUAACUUUUUUCAAGUGCUUUCCCACUAGAUGGAAAAACGAAAAUUGUCUAUUUAAAAUAAACAACUAUGAUAACCGUUGGCGCCUGCACCGUUUCAUUGUGAUGUUUUAAUAUAAACAACUUUGAUGACCGUUGGCGCCUGCACCGUUUUAUUGUGAUUAAAUCCAAGCACAUUAUACUUAAGUAUACCGUACGUUUUCACGUACGGUACUUUAUAAAAUAUGACGUACGUAUUGUUCAACAUGGAAUUUAUAUUGUUCCAUGUCUUAAAUUGUUUAUUGUGUUACUUAUCUCUGCUUAUCAUUUAGUUUCUGUAUUUACUCCACAUUGUAUAACAUUUCUGCUCUGGAGCAGAUUAUUUCUAUAUUUCCCUAACUAAAUGAUCUGCCAUCUUCUUCUCGCCUUCGAAUUUCAGCACAAAAUGAUCUUUCACCCAUAAAUAUGAUGUUUACUUUGUGCCUAAUGGUGUAACACUCCCAACCGCCUUCAAGCCAAUGUUUUAUACUGCCAUAAGAUGUUAUGUAUGGUGUUAUCUUGCUUUAAUAAGUAAUUUGAUUGCCCUAGCCGUAUGAGAAUCGGGAUCAGUUCUGCCAUUUUUGGACCAGUUCUGUCUUCAAUUUCUGAUUAAAACCAUGACGUAGAUUCUCUGAGCUGCGCGUCACAAGGCCUUCCGAUGUGAUUGUGAAUAGGAUUUUCACUUGAGUGUAGAUCAAUUAGCUUUUUUACAAAAUUAGGCGUUGGAAUUACCAUGAGCCUUCUGUUUGUCUGCCAGAAACACAUCACCUUCAGGUCGGAGGUAUACAGUCAAUUGUGCCUUUGCUCACCACUGUCGUUUAUAUUUCUCGUGUAUAGGUUCCUCUAGGAUUAAUAUGUAGAGAAACGAAUGUUUAUCGAGUGCGUAAACUGACAUGUUAAAAAGUUCAUUAAAAUGUAUUGGUGGUUUCAGUCAACUACGGUAGUAUUCAUUUACGACAUGGUGUUUGUGGACUCGAUUUACUCGAGUGGUGCUCUGAUAUUAUCUUAGGUUGGUAGCUUGACAUGUUGGUAGCUUGACAUGGGUAUUAAGGAAAUUUCAUUGUCUUACCUAUACAUUCUGACUUCUUAUUAGUAUGCAUUUUCAAAUUUGAUUUUCUUUCAUGCUCAUAAUCUCGUGUGUUUAAAUACUCCACAGCUCUGUCGAAUUGGCCCUUAUUCUAUUCACUUUUCUACAGAGAUUGACAAAAAUUAGUUGUGGGGAGCACUGCAAUCGGGUUUUGUUGAUAAUCUGUCAAAUUUUUGGAUUAUACUUGAUUUAUUGAGUAUAUUUGAAUUCUUGCUUGUUGGAAGUCAAUUCCUUUUGAAUGUACCGAGAUAUUACGAAGCAGGGAUGGCUGUGUAGGUAUGUAGGUAGGUCUUUGUCAUAAGCCUUAUUUAAAUCUUGUAUGACAUUUAUUAGUCUUCUAUUUUUUAUAGUAGGAUUUCACCAUCUAAUUAGAUUGAUAAUUUUUUGUAUAACUCGAAGCUCUCUUCUUGACAAUCAUUAGCAUGGAGAAGUUUUGCAAGUUUCAUGUCAGUCUUACGCGAGUAAACUGUUUGAAUCACAGAAAUCAGGGACGUUUCAACUAAAAUGUCUUCUCAGUUCGUAAGUGUUGCUGCCUCUCUAAAUUGUAGUAUGCACGACCUCCCUGAACCACACAUGUAAAUAUAGUACUACUAUUCUUGCCUGUGAUGUGUACCUUAAGCUAACUUAGACGAUCCCGAUCAAGGAAUAUUUUCCAUCGCGGACGCAUUCUUAAAGUGACCUUUGAGAUUUCAUAGAGGGGGAUGGUGCUUGCGAUUCCUUACAUCAAUUUCUAUAUCUGUCAGGUGAGCUUUUUUCUUACGGCCUGCCGGUCAAUAUUGAUCAAUAUUUCUUGCGUGCUUCUUUUUCAAAGCUUAUGUACAUCGAAGCCAUUUCUGGAUCAGUUCUGUCUUCAAUUUAUGUUUAAAACCAUGACGUAGAUCAUCUGAGCUGAACAUCACAAGGCCUUCCGAUGCGACUGUGAAGAAUUUAUUCAACGAACAAAUUGGAUAUAGUGUUGGGCAUAAUUCUUGCAUUUUCUUUCCAAAAAUUUACAUUCAGAUUAAGAUCCGUUUUCAUGUUUUGAUAGUGGUUUGAAUAAGUGGUAUUUAUUGUAACUCAAUUCCAUGGUUUCUUGAUAUUUAUGCCACUUCAAUUUCUUUUAUUACCAGCCAAAUACGAGUUGACUUUUGACGAUUACCUUGGUGACCUACAAAUACGUGCCAAACAGUUUUGAUGUUCUUGAAAUUACUGCCGUGUAAGUGUCGCCUGAUGCAUUUGUUUACGUGUGUUGUCUAUACUGGUUUAAUGAUAAUAGUAUGCUUACUUUUUUGGCAGCUGCCUAUAGAUUUUCACUGUUCCUAUGCUAUUUUUAUUUUUCGAUUUUUUCAUCUCCGAAUAAAAAUUACCUACUUAAUUAUCUCUUCGCGUCUCUACACCAUCCAAAAUACCAGAACGAUGGGUGUGGUACAAUACUCAUCAGUUCGACACUCUGGACUUAUAUCUCUCAAAAUGCCGCGGUCAUUUAAUUCUGAUUAAUAUCUUAUUUUUAUUAUUGCUGUGUACUUAACAUUGCCUUAGCUUACCGUCAUACUAAAAUCAUGAUCUAACAUUUUAAUUAUCUAGCCAUUUGCUGCAACGCCAUUGUGAUUUCCACAUUUUGCCGUGUCUUCUUAUUUGCUUGACGUAUGGCAGUAAACUUGUUGAUCCUUAACUGCCAGAGGUUUACUAAUAUUGUGUUCUGUAAGAAUGCUUAGUAUUCUGAUAUGUUAAGUCCAGCUAUUGUAAUUCAUUUGCUCCGUUUUUUGUAGGCCUGUAUGUUCCAAGGUGCUGUUGUCAUAAUUUUAUGAUAAUCGGAACUAUCGAACUUUCCAAAUACUCACUUUUCAACGGACUUGUUUUUUUUCGUUAUGUAUUUUUUUUACAAUGUAACGUUAUGACAGAUUGAAGUUGAACUCUUGAUUAUAUUUUCAUCAAUUUAUUGCCUUUAGGACGAAAGAAUGAUUAGGAUGUGAUGAUACGUCGAAUGUUAUUUUUUAUUUUAACUGUAUUUCGAGCUGUCAAGUCUUAAUUGUCUAAAAAGCGACUAAAUGUUUGAAUUGUCUAAAAAGCAAAGAAAAUUUUGAAUGGACUGCUAA